UUAGCCAGGGAAGCGACUGUGUGAAGCUUGUACCCCAGCAGGGGAGUAAGCUCUGCCCGCAGAUGGCACCUUUCCCGCCCACGCUCGGGCUGGCACCUGUGCAGCUACCGGAACUGGGGACACGCUCCCCGCCUUGGCUCCCCGGGGGAAGGGGUGCGGGGGAAAGGCUCGCAGUGCGCGCCAGGCGGAGGUGCCCCUUGCCCGGGGGCUGGGAGCCGAGCAGCGGCCCUUGCAGGAGGCGAGGUGAGGCGAGCCGAGCAGGGGUCCUCCCCGCGCUGGGCUGGAAGGAGGGAGGAGGGGCCGUGUCUCUGCACCGCAUCGCCGCCGCUGGACGCCUGGCAGGCGGGCGGCUCUGAGCGCGGCCCUCCACUUCCUGCACCGCUCCAGGCGGGACCCCGCGCGCGGCGCCCCCUCCCUGCUCGGCAUGGCGUGCUGCUGGGGCGAGUACCAGGUUUCUGUAGAUGGGAUUUCUGGACAAAGAGAAUGGAGACCUCUAAUUUAUAGAAAAUGCACAGAUGUACUCUGGUUGAUUUUAUUCUUUCUUUUUUGGGCUGGUUUGAUGUUUAUAACUGGCUAUGCUGUAACAGCUGGAUCUGCAGAAAGACUUGUAUAUGGGUAUGACAGCUAUGGGAAUAUAUGUGGUAGGAAGAACACUCAUAUUGAAGGUGCAACUCUUUCUGGACAGGAUAUGACAAAUAAAAAACAUGUGUUCUUUUUGAAUUCGUGCGGUCUGGAAAUUAAAAACCUUAAAAUCAAUUCAAUCGCCUUGUGUGUAUCUAGCUGUCCUCAAGAGCAACUUAACACUCUGGAAGACAUCCAGCUUUUUGCAAAGAACAAUGGUUCUUGCCUUUGUGUUUAUAACUUGAACAUAUCCAGUUACACACUAAAUCCAAAGGCAGCUGAGCUUUGUCCCACACUGCCAGUUCCACCAAGCAAAUCCUUCCCAUUGUUUAAUCGCUGUGUUCCACAAAACCCUGAGUGCUAUUCGCAGUUUGCGUCCAUCUUGAUAAAUGUGGUAAACGAAGUCGAUGCUUUUCAUCGUAUUCUGAGUGGAAUAAUGGCAGGAAGAGAUACUGUAAUAGGACUGAGUGUCCUUGCACUAGCCUUCUCUUUAAUAAUGGUUUUAACCUUCAGAUUCAUCACCACACUUCUGGUCCAUAUUUUCGUGACACUAGUUGUGUUUGGAUUGUUAUUUGUCUCAGGUGUUCUGUGGUGGCUCUACUAUGACUACACCAACGACCCAAGCAUAGAACUGGAAACUGAAAAGGAAAAUGUAAAAUUUUUACUUGGAUUUGCUAUCCUAUCUACCGUGAUUACGAUGGUUCUACUUUCCCUCAUAUUUGUAUUAAGGAAGAGGAUUCAGCUGACUGUACAGCUCUUUUGGUUUGCUAAUAAAAUAAUUAGCAGGGUCCCUUCCCUACUGUUCCAGCCACUAUGGACCUUUUUGAUUCUCAUUUUCUUCUGGGUGUUCUGGGUUGCUGUGCUACUUAGCUUAGGAACUGCAGGGAGUGCACAAGUCAUUUCAGGAGGACAAGUAGAAUAUAAAAUUCUGUCUGGCAUUCGCUACAUGUGGUGGUACCAUUUAGUCGGCCUUAUCUGGACAAGUGAAUUCAUCCUGGCUUGUCAGCAAAUGACUAUCGCUGGAGCAGUGGUUACUUGCUAUUUUAACCGAAAUAAGAGAAGCUCACCACGACACCUGAUCCUGUCUUCCAUAUCAGUACUUUUUUGCUAUCAUCAAGGAACAGUUGUAAAAGGGUCGUUUUUAAUCACAAUAGUGAGAAUUCCAAGAAUUAUUCUUAUGUACCUUUAUGAUGCCCUGAAAGAAAAGGAGAGCGCAUGUGCAAGAUGCAUGUUCAAAUGCUGUUUCUGCUGCUUUUGGUGUCUAGAAAGGUGCCUCAGAUACUUUAACCAGCAUGUAUACACCACAACGGCCAUAAAUGGGACAAAUUUUUGUACCUCAGCAAAGGAUGCUCUCUUUAUUUUAGCAAAGAAUUCUGCUAAUAUAGCAUUCAUUAAUUGCUUUGGAGACUUCAUCAUUUUUCUAGGAAAGGUGUUUGUUGUAUGUUUCACAGUUUUUGGAGGGUUAAUGGCAUUUAACUACCAUCGUGAGUUCCAUGUAUGGGUAGUUCCUCUGUUGCUAGUUGCACUUUUUGCCUGCUUGGUAGCCCACAGCUUUUUGUCGGUAUUCGAAGUGGUCAUGGAUGCCCUGUUUUUUUGUUUUGCUGUUGAUAUGGAAACAAAUGAUGGAUCUCCAGAGAAGCCAUAUUUCAUGGAUCAAGAAUUACUGAGUUUUGUGAAUCACAGCAAUAAGCUAACAGAGUGGGGGAAAAACAGAAAGCAAAAGACCCCCCGGAACAAUGAAGAUGGUACAGAGCUACAGCCUAUGGUGAAACAGGAACAAAGACGAUGUGAUGAGGACCUCAAAUAACAUGUCUCCCAGGUGUACUACAAGAAUGGGGAUAGACUGUAAAUAUUUAUUUUCUACUUUGUGAUUUCUCGCAGCAGCCAAAUUGUUGAGCCCCAGGGCUUUCAUCCCUUCAUACUAAUCACUGUUACUGACACUGGAAGCUCAGGGCCAGAUUCUGGCCAUGCAUGGCCAGCAGUGAACUCUGCUGGUAUAAAGCAGGCAGAACUGGCUUUUGUGCCAACCACCCUUCCCAUCCCAAGCAUAGAGAGGGAUGAAGAGGCCCAGAGAGAGCAUGUGCCAGGGUUCCUCGCAGCCACAUUGGUCCUCCAUUGGCAUAAAGGCUCAAAAGGCCUUAAGUGUAAAUUACUGUAGUGCUAGGUUGUUCUAAUUCACACUGGGACUAGUGUAGAUUUCCCAAUUCCCUGCACUGAGCAGUGCUCAGAUGUGGUGGAGAAUCUGGUACAUAGAAUCAUAGAAUAUCAGGAUUGGAAGGGACCUCAGGAGGUCAUCUGGUCCACCCCCUGCUCAAAGCAGGACCUAAUCCCCAACUAAAUCAUCCAGCCAGGGCUUUGUCAAGCCUAACCUUAAAAACCUCAAAGGAAGGAGAUGCCACCACCUCCCUAGGUAACCCAUUCCAGUGCUUCACCACCCUCCUAUUGAAAAAGUUUUUCCUAAUAUCCAACCUAAACUUCCCCCACUGCAACUUGAGACCAUUACUCCUUGUUCUGUCAUCUGCUACCACAGAGAACAGUCUAGAUCCAUCCUCUUUGGAACCCCCUUUCAGGUAGUUGAAAGCAGCUAUCAAAUCCCCCCCUCAUUCUUCUCUUCUGCAGACUAAAUAAUCCCAGUUCCCUCAGCCUCUCCUCAUAAAUCAUGUGCUCCAGCCCCCUAAUAAUUUUUGUUGCCCUCCGCUGGACUCUUUCCAAAUUUUUCACGUCCUUCUUGUAGCGUGGGGCCCAAAACUGGACACAGUACUCCAGAUGAGGCCUCACCUAUGCAGAAUAGAGGGGAAUGAUCAUGUCCCUCGAUCUGCUGGCAAUGCUCCUACUUAUACAGCCCAAAAUGCCGUUAGCCUUCUUGGCAACAGGGGCACACUGUUGACUCAUAUCCCCUGAUCCUGUAUUAUCUCUGUCAUGUUAUGUGGCUUUGGUCUAUUCUAGCUUUAUCCAUUAUUGUACUAAAGGUAUUUAAGGUUUUACUUUGCCCUCAGUGUGAGGGUUCCUGUCAUCUACCCCAAGACUCCCCGCAAGAUAUUGAACUUCAUAGUGUGAAUUCUGGAUAGCCUGAUCCUGGGGGAAGAACCGUGUCACAGUCAGAUCAAUUGGCCCUUAAGCUAAACAUUAACAACCUUAAAAAGGGUUAGGCAACAAACAAAAAUCACCAAAGGAAAAGAGAGCAGAUGCAUUUUCCUGUUUCUGUACAAGGCACUUUGGGAUGCUUGGAUGGGAGGGCCUACAUUAUCAACCUAGGCCGGCAAAUGAAAGAAAGAUCAGCUGAUACCAGUCAGUGGGCUAGAGCUUCUCACUUCUGGCCAUGGUUUAAGCUGACAUUUUUGUUUGAUUGUGCUUUACACUGUUUAAAAAUUAGGAGGUGAAAGAAGGGAGAUGCCCCCUCAAGAUGCAGUUUCAGACUUAAAGACUAAGGGUCUGACUUCAAGCACAAUUAACUCAAGUUAUAAUUUCAGUGUUACCCCUAGACUCCCAUCCACACUCACAGAUCUCUAGCUUGAGUUAGACCAUGUCUACACUACAUAGUUUUGUCAACAUAAGGCAGCUUAUGUCAACCUAACUAGAAGUGUACAUACUGCAGUGCUCCUCCCGCCACUUUAACUUGCCUGCUACGCUGAUGUAAUAAAACCACCUUGAUGAGAGGAAUAGAGCUUAGGGCAACAUAGUUAGAGUGAUGCAGUGUCAGAGUAAACACUGCAUUGCAUACGUCGCCCUAAGUGGCUUCCAGGAGGUAUCCCACAAUGCCAACCCUGACAGCUCUGGUCACCAUUUUGAACUCCCCUGCUCUGCAGCCUAGUAUACAAGUGAACGCCCCUCACCUGUUAAAGCCCAGGGAAGUUUUGAACUUGCUCUUCCUGUUUGCUCCUGGUGGAGAUCUCACAUAGCAACUUCCCACCUGAGCAUGCUGGCUCCACACAGUACCCUGCCUUGAGUACCCGGUGGUGGAUCUCCUGGAUGGGGGAGAGGAGGCUGUGCAGAUGCAGCUCUGCUCCAGCCUCAGAAACUUGCUCGGGGAGUGGAGGAGAAGGGCUCCGAUAGGGACGUACAGCAGUUCAAAGAGCUGUGGCAGGCAUAGAAAGGCAAAUAGUAACCUCUGGUACGGAGCUGCAGACAUGCUGCUUCUACAAGGAGUGGGCUGGGGUCAGGGUGUUGGUGAAUAGCUCCCUGCCUUGAGCUCCUCUUAUAGCCUUGUAGUUAUAAGGCCAGCACAAUACUAAAGAGCAGUGCAGGAUCCAAGCGUUCUGCCACAGAUGGCUGGCUCACAGGUUACCAGGGCAGUUGAAAAGCAGCUGGAAACCUAGUAGGAUGCCCACGGAAUGAUGGGAUUGAGAAACCUGCACCAUGUGACAUUGAACCUGCCACCAUGUGACAUUGCAAACCCUCUCAAAAACACCCUGCGACCAGUUACAUAGUGGGAUAGCUACCCACAGUGCACUGCUUUCUGUGUCAAUGCAAGAGUUGCUACUGUGGAUAUACUCCGCCGACACAAGGAGCUUAGUGUGGACGUGCAACUGCUGUUUAAUUACAGCGACUUAACUUUGUAGUGUAGACAUUAGCCUUAAAUGGUGCUUUAUGCUCGAGCCUGUUUAGGCAGGGAAGGGAUGGGAUAGUUUGAGGCUCAAGUGAUGCUGAAGCUCAAGCUCCUAAUGUUGUGGGGAUGUAACAGCUUGAGUUACAAGUCAUUAGCAGCUAAUCCAAUCACUCUGUUAAUCCAAUCACUCUGUACUGCUAAUCAAAUCACUCUGUAACUCCAUGGUUUUUUUGCAGUGUGGUUGCUCUUGCUUGAGGUAGGCUAGCUCAGAUGCAGUUUUUUGAGUGUACAAACUCGAGUUAUGUUGCUGUGAAGACAAGCUCUCAGAGAAAAAGGUUGCCAGUUGACUUUAAUGGAGCUAUGACAAUUUACAUCAGCUGAGAAUCUGACUCCGUGUGUUUAGAACUCAGCACGAUUGUCACCCAAGCACAAAAUAUAAUUCUCAAUAAAGCCAGGGUUGGCUGAUAAAUGUUCUGCAGCAGCAGCACCCAUUCCACGUCCUGCUAAAUUGUGUCAUGCACAGAAAGAAAGUCAUAUUGUUGCCCCUUUUUGACCCAAGUGACUAGUCAAAGUUUGGGGCCUGGUGAGUGUUCCAGGUGGGAGUACAAAUUGGUAAAGCCAAGUGUUCCUUUGAUGCAGUUUUGGUUGUUUACAACGAAUGUACCAAGUCCUGUCUUUCUGAACAUGCAGGAAACAGCUUCUUUUGCUAACAGCACCAAGAGCAGUCUUUUGGGUCAGGUGCAGACUGAAAAACCUCUCCCCAUGUGUCAUCCAGGGUGAGGCGCCCACUUUCAUCUGCUUCUUCAGCCUGUCAGUGUCACUCACUCAGGCUGCGGCUACCCUAGAGCGCUUACAGCAGCACCGCUGUACCGCUGUAGCUCUGCGGUUGUAAGGUCUCUAGUGGAGCCACUCACAGCCAGCAGGAGAGAGUUCUCCCACCGACUUAAUUAAUCCACCCCCAGGAAGGGAAGCUCUGCUGCCAACACAGCACUGUCCACGCCAGCCUUAGGGCGGUGUAACUUAUGGUCCUCAGUGGGUGGCUUAUUCACACCCCUGAUCAACAUAAGUGAUAGUGUAGACAUUGCCUGAGUCUAUCCUCAGUUUCUGUGUGUUCUGUCUGCCUGUCACAAUACUGAGGCAAACCUUCCAGUCACCCGUAGGAAGGUUUUGUCCAGCUCAUAACUAUAUAUUUGGGUGACUUUAUUUGAUUUAUUUUCAGAGGUUGCAGACUCAGGGUAGGUCUGUGCUACAACUGCUGCAGAGGCACAAUGACAGGGCUGCAGCAAUACUGCAGCAGCAUUGUAGUGUAGACACUACAGCGAUGGAAAGGGGUUUUCUGUCACUCUAGCAAAUCCACCCUCUGAGAGACGGUGCCUAGGCUGAUGGUACCUUUCACCUCUCUACAUCUACGUGGGGGGUAGGUCGACUUGACCUCCCACAGGGUGUGAAAUUUUUUACAGCUCUGAGCAAUGUAGCUAGGUUGAUCUAAGUUUUAGGUGUAGACCAGGCCUCAGGCCCUUACACUUUUUUCAUGGCAUUAUUGUACAGAGAAAUAACCUAAGCUCUUCCGUUAGAAUUCAUGGUUUUAAGUUUAUUGUUCUGAUUAUGAAUGUCUGUGCUUGGUGUCUUCAUUCUUUGUACUUUUGGUGAAUUUAGUCAAAACCUAUUGAAAAGACAAAAGUGGAAUACAAAAUAUUUUCCCCACCAAAGAAAAUCCUGGAUACACAGAUACAAGAGUGGCACAAUCCCCCUUUAUUUUCUUGAAAGAUCACAUUUUACAAAUAUUUUGACAAAGUUAUCUGGGCCAGUGCUACAUAUUUGAUUCCCCCCCCC